ACAUUUCGGAUGUGCCCACUCCGAAUGCUCACGGCAUCAUCUUCUGGGAAAAGUUCGAAUGCCUCCCCAGGAGCACGCUUCUGUACCUACUGGCAGGCAUCGCCCUUGUGCACAGGGCCUGGACAGAGUCUGGAUCGCUAGACUGGUUGCUGAGGGGAAUGCUGUGAAUCAAGUUCAUCUCGAUGUUUAGCAGGGAUUAGAUGAUAAUAGAAUCAGCUGCAUUCUGAGUUCCUUGGAUGGCCAGACUCAAAGAGGAGCUGGGAAGAGUUUAGUGUCGACAUGACGGGAGGCCUCCAGCAGAACGCCCCCGAGAUCGAUGCCAGGCUCUGGGCUGGACAUUCUCAUUCAGGAUUUAGAUCUAGGAGUUGGCGGUAUGCCCAUGAGAGUUGCAGGUGGUGCACAGCUGGCUAUGAUGUACAUUUGAUAGUUGCCAGUGCCAUUCUGGUGAGCAAGAUGGAGAGCUGUGAGCUGGCCGACGGUGUAAUUAGGUGGAUUUGGAAGUGCAAAGAGUCAUCGUUAAUUAUCUGAACUCUCCAGGAAUUUGUGCUAGGCCUUGUGCUGUUGAACACUUUUAUUGGUGACCUGGCAUAAAUGCCAUCCUCAUCACAUUUGAAGAGGCCCUCAAGCAAAGAAGAAUUGCCAACAUUUGGGAGGAUGACAGACAAAAUCCCAGACGACAUGGACUGACUAGAACAUUGGACAAGCCUAAUAGGAUGAACUCUAACAGGCAUAAAUUUAAAGUCUUACAUUUGGGUUCAAAAACCCCCAGCUGUGACCUUGUGAAAUUGGGGGGGGGUGCCACUCUAGCACUUCAGCUGAAAGGUCUGGGGGUUUGAGUUGAAUCCCUAGGGGACAACAGCAGUCCAGAUGGAUUUGAAUUUUGCUUGUUUAUUGCUGCAGAGACAAGGCCUAGGCAGGCCAUGUAGGUCCUGCUGUCUUCUGCCCUGGUCACAUCCCAUCUGGAGGAAGUUUUGGUAGUCUGUUGUUUGCAUCACAGUUUAGGAAGGACAUUGCUAAACUGAUUGAAGAUGGAGGCAAAGCUGCCCUGUCCCGGAAGAUGAGAAUUGGGGAUGAGCUGGUGAAUAUCAAUGGUACCCCGUUAUACGGCUCCCGACAAGAAGCUCUCAUCCUCAUCAAAGGUUCCUUCCGCAUCCUGAAGAUGAUUGUCAGGAGGAGAACCACCCCCCUGGCCAGGCCACAUUCAUGGCACAUGGCCAAACUGCUGGAGGGGCGCCCUGAGGUGGCAGCUGCCUCCAUGAACUUUCCUGAAGACCCCUUCAGCUUAUCCUGGCAUUCGGGCUGUGACACCAGUGACCUGUGCAUGCAGUGGUGCCCACUGUCCCGCCACGGCAGCACUGAAAAGAGCAGCUCCAUUGGCAGCAUGGAAAGCCUGGAACAGCCCAGCCAAAUGUGCCACGAGGGCCACGUCUCCCCUGUGGAGCAGAGCACAUAUCAGAGUCAGCGGGACUCGGCCUAUAGCUCCUUCUCUGCAGGCUCCAGUGCAUCAGACUAUGCCCUGCCCCUGCGGCCAGAGGAGACGGCAGCCUCGGACUGCAGCCCGCCAGGCCUUGGGCCGGCCAAGGCCCCGAAUGGCCUCUACCUCCACACAGGGCCUGAUGGGGCAGCAGGGCCAUUAGGUCAUCAGCCUUCACCCAGCCCCCAGGAGGGUCCUCUCCCUGGCCCUGCCCAAGUUCCUGGGGCCCUUCCAAGUCCUCCUCAGCCACCAGUAAGACGGGACAGCCUUCGAGCCUCCAAGGCCCAGUUCCACCAGACAGAGAAGCGGAGGGCCUCAGUCCCUGGAGUUGCCUUAUACCUAAAGGAGAGAUGGAACCCUGAGACCCUGCUGUCCUCAGACCUCCCCGCUGGGCCCUGCUGCCCCUGCAGCCAGGUCCUAGAGCCCCAUGAGGGCCACUGGAAGGAGUGUCUGUCUGACGAGCAGUACUGUAUGGUGAGCUGCCCAUCUGAGUCGGGUCACUGUGAUCCUGAGCUACGGCUGAGGGGCGGCCCUCGGAGGACAGGGUGGCCUGGCCAGGACCAAGUCGUGUCCAGUAGCCCUGGGGGAGAGACUGAAGAGGAAGAGGCAGCCAUUGCCACAGCAACCGCCAUCCCUGCCCACCUUACUGGGCUGACCAGCCACCGUCACAGUGCUCCUGAGCAGCUGCUGGCCUCCCAGAUUCGAUCCCUGCACCUCGGUGUUGAGAGGGAUGGGGACAGUGAAGGGGCUGAACUGCAGGCCAGGCAGGAGGGGCAUCACUGGACCCUGUCUCCCCUCCACAGUGCCCACCUGGCACAGAAAAGCCCUUGCCACCUCCUGGCAGGAGCCCAGAAUAAGCCUGGCGAGAAGAGGACCGUGGGACAGGCAGGUGGCCAACCUUUGACUUCUGAAAGCUCGGGUCAGAGCAGCCCCACUCCUGGGGGAUCCUCCAGCGAAGCAGGAGCCGUUCAGCUCUCUGGCCUGGAGGAUGCCCCUCAGCAGGCCAGCUCCGAUGAGGGCUUGGAGGCCAAGAACGGCCACCCAGGAGAUGUUCGCAGGAGCAGUGGCACACGCUACCGCUCCAGCCAGCCGAGACGCAGGAGUGAACGCUUUGCCACCAACCUGCGUCAUGAGAUCCAGAGGAGGAAGGCCCAGCUGCAGAAGAUCAAGGGUGAGUCAGAGGAGCCAGAGCCCGUAGAGGAGACAGAGGAGCCUGCUGAAGCGGCCACCCCUGCAACUGCACCGUCUCCACAGCCUCCAGCUCCCGCUCCUGGGGCCUCCCCACCUCUCCCUGCCCCAGCUCCUGGGCCCUCCCCACCUCUCCCUGCCCCUCCUCAGACACCUGCAGUGGUGGCUCACCGUAGGCUGCCCAGCCCCGGAGACCGGUUCUCUGAUCAGACUCGACCUAAUGGUAACCUGCUGAGGGCCAGGUCCUCAGAGUGCUUAAACCAGACGACAGGAAGCCAAGAAGUGAGGACCCCACUGGAGGGCCCUGGCAGCCCUGGCCAGAGGCCCUGGCAGUCUGCAGCUGGACUCCACCCCUGGUGCAAAGCUUCUGGGCAUGGCCCUUCCAAGCCCAGGCCCCAAUCUGGGGCUCGGGGAGGCCGCUGGCGAUGGUCUCCAGAGCGGAAACUGCAGCCUCAGCUGACACCAAUCCCAGGCGGAGGCUUGAACCUGAGUGAGGAGGAGCUGGGCGGCCCUUCUGGGGAGGAGGGCAUCUUUGUGCCUUUCGCAGAUAGGAAGAAGUUUUUUGAAGACACCAGCAAGUCAUUGCCGCCAGCAGCUUCGUCCCUCGGACACAGUAAGCCCUUUACUCUGAGGCUGAAACCACUCGACCCACCUCCCUUUCAGCCAGUGAGUGCUGGCUGCAGGGAUCUGAGGCGCCACUCCGUGGACCAAGCUUAUCAUUCCUCGGCCUCCCUGUCCCCGGAGCCAGCCACCUAUUCAGAAUGCUUUGUGACCAAGGAGCUGGAGCAGCCCAUGUGUUACCAGCCCCUGGCACACUGUGGGGACUUUGAGUGCCUGCGGCCCUGCUCGUGCUCAUGUGGCAUUCAGGCAGCUGUGGGCCAUGACACAUGCAGCUACUGCCCCAUCCUGCUGAAGAGAAGCCUGCUCAGUGGCCACCGGAGUCACCGCUGCCACCCCCAGCAGUGGGCUCACUGCACAGCCUGUUGUCACCCCGGGCCUCAGCACAAGGUUGGAGAAGAAGGCAGCCCUUCCUGGAAGGCCAGGAAUUCCUCGCUGAAGGAAGUUUCUCCAGAUGAAUGGGAAUCAGCGAAGAUCACCAGGAAGGCCGGCCAGCCUGUGAGGAGGAGCCAGGAAGCAGUGAAAAGUUUUUUGGGCCAAGCUGUGAAGCCAUCCAAGGACGUGGGGGUGGCCAGCAGCCUGAACAGUGUCUUACCCCAGGAGCGGUCUCAUUACAAGAUUGGCUGCCCACAUGCUUGCUUUGAGAACCCUGGGCGUGAGUGGUCAGCAUGCUACCGAGUGGCCUCCUCCCUUGACCUUUUGUGUGACUAUGAUCACUCAGUGGGGACCCUGAUGGGCAGUGCUGUCUAUGAGCAGGGCAGCCUGGUGCCACCGUUGCCCCGUCCGCUUCGGGGUCGGGCCUUCUCAGAGAGUCACAUCAACUUGGACUCCCCAAGCACCCGGGCUAGAGAGAGAAGAGAGCUCCUGACCAAAGUGGAUGAGACCCGGCCAGAUCCUCUGGGAGCAAGAAAGAAGGCCCCACCUCCCCCACGGCCCCCACCUCCCAACUGGGCGAAAUAUAGAGGCCACCGGCUAGCUCAGCACUCCCAGUAUGCCAUCUUGGAGACCUCGGUUGGCCGGCAGUCUGACACAGCCUUGGAGCAGCCUCGCCCCCAGGGGGCCCACGUGGAGGUGGUGAGGAAGAGAUCCCAGAGCCUCCCUCCAGAGCCACUGCCCAGAGACUUCCCUCCACAAUCUGCAGGUGACCGGCCUGGGCCGGAGCAGCCUGGCCCUCAGUACUACCACCCUGGUGGGGUAUGGAGAAUGCCAGAGCAGUUGGGCCUCAAGCCCGACCCCGCAACCUCAGCCAGAGCUGAAGCUUUGGUAGAAGAACAUCCCAAAGCCAAAGACACCUGGAGCCAGGGCCGUUCACCUUCUGAGGAGCAGUACCGCCUAGUGAAUUGGAGCCCAGAGCAGCAACGGCUCAGCCCUGCUGGCCUUGCCACAGAAGAAUCUGGGUCUUUACAGGACGCCACAGAGGUUGAGACCUGCCGCUUGGUCUCAACACGGAGGUCAGCCUCGGCCCGCAUCAACUCGGAGGAGCUAAUGAGAGACGUGGCAGAUAGGGAUCGGUCACUGGCUGGCAUUCUGAACUCAGCCUCCAACAUGGUGACAGCUGCAGAGGUCAUGGGCGACCUCUUCCCCACCGAUGAUCUGCCUUGGAAAAAACAUGUCCGCCAGGAUUGGCAUUUGGUCAGAAGAAGACAGGAAGUAGCCAAGGAAAGACAGGAAUUCCAACCCAUCUCCCCACCACCACCAUCUGGCAGCCUCAGCAGCCCCACCAGCCCCACCAGCCCCACCUGUCCUACCUCCUACUCGGCCUACUAUAACACCUCAGCAGGCAAGGCGGAAUUGUUGAACAAGAUGAAGGAGCUGUCCCAGUUGGCCAAAGAUUCCCUGGGAGAGGCUGAAGUGGACCAUGAGCUGGCUCAAAAGAAGCUGCAGCUCAUUGCCAGCAUCAGCAAGAAGCUGUCCGUGCUGCAGGAGGCCCAGCAGGGGCUGCUGGAGGACAUCAGUGCCAAUGUCGCCCUGGGGGAGGAGGUCGAGGCCGUGCUGAAGGCCGUCUGCAAAACCAACGAGUUUGACAAGUUUCGGCUGUUUAUCGGUGACCUGGACAAGGUGGUUAACCUGCUGCUGUCCCUUUCUGGGAGGCUGGCCAGGGUGGAGAACGCCCUUAACAGCCUGGACCCUGAAUCCACUCAGGAGAAGCUUGCACUGAUGGAGAAGAAGCGACAGCUGACAGAGCAGCUGGAAGAUGCCAAGGAGCUGAAAGAGCAUGUGGACCGGCGGGAGAAAGCUGUCUACAGCACAGUGUCCCGCUACCUGCUUCAGGAGCAGCUCCAAGAUUACCGGCACUUCGUGAAGAUGAAGUCGGCUCUCAUCAUGGAGCAGCGUGAGCUGGAGGAGAAGAUCAAGCUUGGGGAGGAGCAGCUCAAGUGUCUCCGGGAGAGCCUCCUGCUGGGUCCCCCAAGAUUCCUGAGGCUCGGAUUGAGAAGUGGGGGUAUGAGGGAGGCUUCCCAGAGAGGUGGCCACAGUCCUGCCCUCCCUCCCUCCAUCCACUCGCCUUGUGCUAACUGCCCCAGCCCCAAGAAGUGCCUUCUGUUGCUAAGAACCCAAAGAGACCCCACCCCCCACCCCCUCCCAGCCCCAGAACCUGCUUACAGAUACUUUCCCAGGCGGCUUGCCUGUGCCCAUGGGCUCCUCUGGCCCAAUGCUUCCAGCGGAGCCUGAGGCCGAGCCUGCUGGGUCUGUCUCCGUCUACAGUCCUCUCUGCUUAGCUGGGUAUUCGGUCUGCCUGGCCACCAUCUGGAGAAACUCAGAGGCAGAGAGGAGUGACUCGUCAUUUAUCCAAAGAAGUCAAACCAAGCGUAGCUAGAAAGCCAGGGUCAGUCAUCAAGUACCACCCGUGUGCAUGCACCCAGAAUGGCCCCUUCCCACAGCUCCCAGUGGCCCUUGCUGCAGGGAUCCGGAGUGUGGCCUUUGUACUCUGCCUGCUCCCUUCUCCACUGGUAGAGAAGCAGCAGGGUAGGCCUGCCCUUGAGGGCCCCACACUGCAGCUGUUGGCUCCUGGGGCUCGUGGGGGCCCAAGCCACCUCCCCAGUUGGGAUUGCAGUUGUUCAUUUGUCAUAUGUUCGCGUUCUUUCCAUUUUAUUUAUUUAUGCUCUAAAACCUUAAUGAAGUGGGCAUUUGAAGAGAGGGUCAAAGUUUGCCCCAAGAGAAGGCUUGAUGGGCAGCUCCCAAGGCCCCCGAUGCUGCCCAGGGGCACUGCCAUGCUAAUGAGGACAAGCCAUCUCCCAUACCAUGGCCCUGACCCAUGAGGCCUGCUGCAAGGUGGGGAUUCACAUUUCAGGUUGAUUUUUCCCCUUAGCUGGCAAACAUCUGCACCCACAUUUCUGGGUUCCCAGUCUGUCAAGCUGUCUUCUCUCCCUCCUUGUAGCUGAUGUGCUGGCCGGCACCUUCCCCCCGACUAGAUGCAGAACAUUCCUCCACAAAACCCCAUGAGGGAAAUGAAGGCACCUGGCCUUGUCCAGUUAAAAGUGGUUCCAUCUCUAGUCUCGUUUUGGCAUGUCAUGUUUCAGCAAGACCUGUCUGUGGGACGGCCGCCGGACAAGUGCCAGUCUGAGCUGCUGGCAGCAGUGAGGGGCUCCUCUCUUGGCCUGAGCAGGAGGGCCGGGAUCUCUUGGCCGAGGCCAUGAGAAGACACAGUCAGCUUAUCCUCUGACCACUUGGACCAAUGGGGGCUCCCUCCCAAGGUAGCACUUUGCUUUCACAUUCAGGCAGAGGCUGGGAUCCAGUGGCCACUGGCAUGGAGAGAGUUCAGUGGACCACAGAUGGGGCACCCGGCAGAAGCUGGCAGCCACUGGCGAGGUUGAAGGAUGGUCUCCCAGAGACGGCUUGCUUGGGGGUGAAGGAAUUUGCGAGGGUACUCACUGCCCUAUUACAAAUGCUGCCUUCCUGUUAAAUGUCUUUGAGACCAAGGGGAGAAAUCCAGCCAACUGGACCCAAUAUGGGGUUAAGCCCUCCCAAGGUGGCCAGGGCAGCUUCCAGCCAGUCCCGGGACUCUCCAUCGUGGAAAACAAAGAGCCCAGAGAUGACCCUCCCAUUGCUGGGCCAUACUCCCAAGCCCAGGCAGCCAUAUUCUCCCCUAGCCUCCAGGCCUCUUCUGCCAUAGCCAGGGCCAGGGGGGGCAGCAGGCUUGCCAAGGGAGGACCAAGGCUUUACUUAACACAAAGUGGAGGCAGGCGGGUGGGUGGGCAUGUUAAAUGAAUGGAAGCACACAGUACAUGCAGCAAGACAGGCAUCUGGCUUCUUUAAUGGGCCCUGGGGAUGACUGUAAUACUAAUAAGCUCUGGCACUUAGGGAGCCCAGGGUCCUCCCAAAGUGGGGAGCUGGCCCUCUCCUAGGUGAGAGGUCAAACCCCAGGCCCUUCCCCCAUGACUCCCCAGUGGGCCAGGGGAAGAGGAAGUGUUAUCCAUGGUGCCCCACCCAGGCCUGUUCCCCCUCCCUCCCCCUGCCACCUGCUGCCCUUCUGGGACAGAGCCAGAGCCCCAAGGGCCAUGCCAACUCAUUGGGGGCCAGUGCUUGCUGAUAUGCCCUGGGCACCAGCCCUGGUGUGGGGACUGGAUUGCUCAGGAAGGAGACGCAUUAAGCCCAGAGGGGGAGAAGCCCCCCUCAGGGAGACCCUUGCAGUAAAUACCAAAGGGGAGCUCCAGUGGGGGGGGGCUGGGAGGAAGGAGGGGGACAGUGAGAGAGACACAGUGGGGGAAGGAGACUGGCAGACAGCAGGGCCCCUCCGGCCUAGCCUAUCUGCCCAGCAGCCUGAGGCCACCAGAAAGCCCCAGGGAAAGACCCUGGAGGAAGACCCUGGAAUCAGUGGGCACUUUACAGCCCCAGGGAGCAAGCCUUCAUUACUUUCCUGGUUUUCAGAAUCUCAUGGUCUGCUUCUGUAUCCCAGCCCCCAGCCUUACCUUGUAUCCCUGGGCCUAAAGAGAGGAAGGGCCCACUGCAUUAAAAGGUGCUAAGAAAAAACUUGUCUUGCGUUUCUCUUGGCAGUGGGGAAGACCCCCCCAGAUCUCCUUUAGGAGGACCCCCUUCCCCAAGAGCCCCCUUCUAUACCUGGGGCCAGACUGGGGGGGGAUGAUUGCCAUUCUCUGGUACUUUCUGUGGCAUCUUCAGUGGUGUCUAGAGCACAAGGACCAUCUGAGUUGGAUGAGACAGAUGUUAAGGUCAUCUAGCCCAUUCCACCCCCUCCUCGUUUGACAGAGGACUAAGGGACGUGGCUACAGUCAUACAGGAAGGCAGCCUCAGAGGCAUGAUUAGAACCCAGGUCCUAUGACUUCUUAGAGUUCAGAGCUCUGCACUGAGUCCAAUGCUCUCAUGACAUGACGGGCCCCUGGUGCACUUUGAGGGAUGUUUUCUUGGUGGCCCCCAGAAAGCUGAGACCAAGUUCCCACUCAUCGCUGUGAGUU